AUUUGUAAAAUUAAGCAAGAGUACUAGAAUUUUGUUAAAAAAAAAAAACCAAUAAUCUGGACUCUCGUAAAGUGUGAAAUUUUUGUGCACCGGAACAGGGAUGCAUUGUCUAUAAGAAGGGCUUCUAUUCCUGUGCCACAUUGCCUAUCGUCGUCUCCUCUUUCUUCUCUCGUCUUUAUUUGCCUUCCACAGCGUCUUUAACUAAACAACCUUCAUUGAUGGCCACUCCAAGUGCAGCUGAUGAGAAGACGAACCUCAACGUAGAAGAAUCUCUGUUGAAGCAGAUCCUAGGCACCCAUAAGCCGCUGGACGCCAAGAAAUUUGAUGCCAUUCCUCUUCUUGAUGCCGUACAGGAUGUCAUUCAACGCGCUAGUGGAACGCCAGUAGGUGGAUCCGAUGGCAAGGCCUCCAAAAGCCAUCUGCGCUACAAGCUCGAGAACUCGCCCUACGAAGCAAUUAAAAAAGUUUCUUGUGAGUUCUCUUGCAACUGCUCUAGGGCUUCAAGCACGAGUGAGGUGGCCAUUGAACUUCUUCAAUCACUCGGAAGCUACUCAUGGGAAGCCAAGGCAGUGAUAACCUUGGCAGCGUUUGCUGCAAACUACGGCUCUUAUUUCCAGGUUUCCCAGCUUUAUGGGAGCAACGACCAAUUUGACAAAUCAUUGGCUUUCCUCCAACUAUCACCAAAUCUAUUGAAACACACCCCUUUGAAACUCAAGUCGGAGGCAGUGGACGUUGUCAAGGCCAUCUUUGAUCUUACCCAAUACAUUGUUGAGGUCAAGACCUUCCAAUCACAGUACGUUGGUCGCAAGCUUUUAUCUUCGAUUUUCACUGCUCAUGAAGACGAUUUGGCAAAAGCUGUGUAUUUGAGCAUUCAGAGUACCGUGGCUUGUGCAUGGCUAUUAAUGAACACUGUGACCUUUGGAAAUGUGUACAAACCAACAGCAAAGGAGGCUCAGGAGCUUUCAGAUCUGGUGAUAGAAAUCCAUAACAUACGCGAGGAGCUAGAGAGCCACAUGGAAAGCUGGAAGAAACAUAUUGAGGGGAUAAUUCUUCGUGAAGAUUACGACAGAUUGGUCCGCAUAUUAAAGGGAACAUACACCGAUAAUAUGGAGAUCCUUAAAGCUCUACUUUGCAGCAAGGAGAGUCGGGAAGCAUUGAUCUACAAUUGUUCAAGCAAGACAGAGGUGGAAUUGGACCAGCUGAGUGGCAAACAUGUGCUGCUAUACAUUACAAGUCUAGAGCACCUCUCCGAAGAUGAAAUCUCAAUUCUCUCUGAGAAGUACGCCAGCAAAUCGACCACAUACGAGAUCGUGUGGGUUCCUAUCGUGGAGGAAUCAACUUCAUGGAAUGAAGAGGUUGAAAAACACUUCAAGAAAGCUCGGGAUUCAAUGCUGUGGUUCUCCAUUAGCAACCCUUGGAAGCUUGGCAAAGCUGUGAUCACGUACAUCAAGGAGGUAUGGAAGUUCGAGGACAAGUCACAGCUUGUGGCUCUCAACCCACAAGGAAAGUUUGUGAAAUCUGGAGCUGUCGACCUCUUCUGGAUUUGGGGAAAGACAGUUUUUCAAUCUAGAUCACCUGAUGGCAAGGAGGAAGAUGAACAACUCUGGAAAGGGACCACGAUUCAACUGUUGGUAGAUACCCUGGGAACAACAAUCAAUGAAUGGAUUGCAGCUCAAAAGUACAUUUUCUUGUUCGGUGGGGAGGAUAUAAAGUGGAUUCAGAAAUUUACAGACUCUGUUUGUGAAGUUGCGAAGGCUGCCAAAAUCGACAUUGUCAUGAUAUAUGUGGGGAAAAGCAACAUGAAGUGGGCAGCUCACCAGAAAAUUUGGGAACAAAAAUACAGCAGCUUCGACACAGUAUUUCGAUUCACACAGCAAAAGUAUCUGUCAUCAUUCUGGGCUACCCUACAAAGCAUAUGGCAAACUAAGAUGGACAAUGGUAAAUCUAUUGUAGAUUCUACCACAAUGGAGGACAUCGUCACACUCCUGAGUUUUGAUGCAAGCGGUGAAGGAUGGACUGCCAUUUGUCAUGGUUCACGCCCGAAGAUGGCCAAAGCCAGAGAUGAAACCAUUCUAGAUAUAUUGAGCAACUAUGCUAAAUGGGCAGCCCUUACCAAACAACUUAGUUUUGUAGAUGCACUAGUUGAGAAGAUUAAAGAGGGUAAGACCCAUGAAACCCACCAUGAAUGCUACAGCCUAGCCGUUGCUGCCACCACAGGGAGCACCCCUAAGAAGGUGAAAUGUCUUCUUUGCGACCACACUAUGAGGACCUUCAUUACCUAUCGUUGUUGCAGUGAUCACUAAGCUACAAGUACUAAUGCAUGGUGAUGGACCCAUAAGAACAAACAAAUCUGGCUGAGUUCUCCCUUUGCUUUUUUCCACCUCCUUGGGAUCGCCUCCAGCUGCUAUUCGCUUGUGUUUCAGUCUCCACCUUCUGUUUUCUUCUCCACGGUUGGCAGGAGCUUUCCACGAGGGCAGUUUAUUUCCGUUUCUCUCCCCAGCGCUCCUUUCAUGCUCUCGAGCACCAGUGUGCCUUGAGCUGGUUGUCACUGUUCUCUAACAUUUUUCUGGUUUUGCUGGUGUUCCUUUCACUUAGCCUUGCAUUUGUUGAGGUUGUUUUUGCGGGUAUGCCCUGGUUUUCUCUUGUGAACGUGUGUUUUUUUUCUGUUAAUAAAUUUUAUAUAUACAAAAAAAAAAAAAAAAAAGCUUCUUAUACUGGUACAACCUAAAUAGAUGAGUUUUUGUUCUUAUGUA